AUGGCCAAAGUAGCAAUCGGACAAAUAUGCUCGACAUCAAGCAUGUCGCACAAUCUUACCCAGUGUCAGGCUCUUGUCAAGAAGGCUGUCGCCGCUGGUGCAAAGGCUCUUUUCCUUCCUGAAGCCUCCGACUACAUUGGCGGUUCGCCCGAUGAAUCUUACAACCUGUGCAAGUCCGUCACCGAGUCGCCUUUCGUCUUGGGCCUGCAAGAGGAGGCCAAAAAGAACAACCUUCACAUCAACGUUGGAAUUCAUGAGCCGUCAGAUGCUCCCAAGAAGAUCAAGAACACUUCGAUAUGGAUUGACGAGAAGGGAGAGAUUACUCAGCGCUACCAGAAGCUGCACAUGUUUGACAUGGAACUGGACGAUGGCCCAAACAUGAAGGAGAGCGAUACAGUCGAGCCUGGAAACAAGAUUACACCCCCCUUCGACACCCCUGUGGGUAGAGUCGGUCUGGCCAUCUGUUUCGAUCUACGCUUCCCCGAACUUGCUCUUGCUCUGAAGCGUCAAAAGAGCGACAUCAUCUGCUACCCCUCAGCUUUCGCACCAGACACUGGCAAAUUUCACUGGCAUGCUCUUCUGACAGCUCGUGCUAUCGAGACCCAGUCAUAUGUUCUUGCCCCUGCCCAAGUCGGACCCCACAACAAGAAGAGAUCCAGCUACGGUCACUCGCUCAUCAUUGAUCCUUGGGGGAGAACCCUUGCAGAGUUGGGCAGUGAGGAUGACUUCAACAAGAAGGGGGACUCUUGGGAACCUGAAUUCGCUACUGCGGAUAUCGACUUUGACCAACUAGCAAAGAUCAAGAAGGGUGUACCUCUACACAGGCGAACUGAUGUCUACCCUGAGGUGUAA